AUAUGUCAUACCAAACAGUUAAUGCGAAUAUUGAUUAUUGGCCAGAUGAUUACGAUGUUAAGGCGUCAGCGCAGGCAAUAUUACGUUUGCGCAUUUUCUAUUAUUUCAAUAUCGACGAAGUAAUCAAUGGUGUUCUUUUUGGUGAGCAUUGUCAACCACUCAACCCGUCCCAGAUAAUAAAGCUUAUUCGCAUAGCUACCGACAGCAAUAUGCUACAUGAAGCAAGGCUUUGGUGCGAAGCAUUAUUACGCAAACUUCAGUUUUCUUCACACCUGGACGAAUAUGUAAAUGAAGUUGCAAUUUUAAGGCUCCUGGCAACUAUUUUCAAUAAGGCUGGUAUGCAUGGGAGAGCAGCGAACAUUUUGGUUCCUUUAACUCAGUCAGGACACAGCGAAAUUGAUCGAGAGUAUGAAUUUUACAAAAAUAAUGUGAACGAGACAAGCGAGCCACCUGAUAUACCAUUGAUAACGGACGAGUAUGAUAGCCAGUAUAAACAGCUUUGCAGGGAGAAUAGAAAGACGCCAAAGGAACUAUCAGAACUCUACUGUUAUCUAAGUAACACAUCAAUACCAUAUUAUAAAGGAAAAGUAGAACUUGUUAAUCUUCAACCAGUAAUAUAUUUAUUUCACGACGUUAUAUCCAAUGAUGAAGCAGCUCAUUUUCGAAACGAGGCAAUGAAAAAGUUUGAAAGGUCAGUUGUAUUAGGCGACGAUGGCAAAGGAUUUAGAACAGACAAAGUACGAGUUAGUCAAACAGCAUGGUUGUUUGACAACAUUGGAAUAGUCAAGAGAGCAACACGAAGAGUUGGGUUGCUAACAGGUCUAGUUACAACAUCGUCAACAAAUUCAAGUAAUGCAGAACCUUUCCAGAUAGUGAAUUAUGGAAUAGGCGGGAUGUAUAAUCCACAUUUUGAUACAUUGAAUUCGGAUGAACGAUUACGAAGUGUAGUUGAGGCAAAUGGUCUACCUGAACUCAGAGGAACUGGAGACAGAAUAGCCACGUGGCUAUAUUAUGCAAGUUUUUUAAGUGAUGUUGAAGUUGGCGGAGCUACAGUUUUUCCAAAUAUAAAUACCCGAGUUCCUGUCAUAAAGGGAGCUGCAGCUUUCUGGUAUAAUUUACUUCCAAGGGGGCAAACUGAUAAUAGAACUUUACACGCAGGAUGUCCAGUAGUAAUUGGUUCCAAAUGGGUUGGAAAUAAAUGGAUACGUGAAGCUGGACAGAUGUUUAAGAGACCGUGCGAUCUUCAUAUGUAACGAUCAUUGUAACAACAUUCAUCACCGAUGUUCCAUAUUUGCAUCAA